UCCGGAGUGCCAGUGCAGACGCAGCGCGGUGGGCGUCGAGGCGAACGUUUCUCCGAGUUCAUACAUGACUUCCCGAUUAUCCGCACCCAAGUUGGGCUACUUCAAGUUGUGAUACGUUGCGCCGCGGUGAGCCGAAAGAGAUGACGGAAAGCUCCGCCAACAAGCUACUCAACGGAGACGCUUGUCGUCGGACUUCGAGCGGUCAAAAAGCGAGCAAAAAUGGCUUCGUGAAGAACCACUGCCUGUUUCAACAGCCACAGAAGUAUCAUCGCCCCGGGGAGAAGAACCAACAUGGCGCACACAACUCGAGCCUGUACAAGAGGCCCUUUGUGGAAUCCUUUGAGCAGACUCCUCUACUGGUGGCCGUGCUUACCUACGUGGGCUACGGCAUCCUCACCAUCUUUGGCUACCUCCGGGACUUUCUCCGCCACUGGAACAUCGGGAAAUGCACCAUGGCCCGAGAGCGGGAAGAGCAAAAGGACUUUGUCCCACUCUAUCAAGACUUUGAGAACUUUUACACCCGGAACUUGUACAUGAGGAUCCGAGACAACUGGAACCGACCCAUCUGUAGCGUUCCCGGGGCAAAGAUGGACCUCGUGGAGCGAGUUUCCCCGGAUUACAACUGGACCUUCCGGCACACGGGCAACGUGGUGCAGGACGUCAUCAACAUGGGCUCGUACAAUUACCUGGGCUUUGCCGAGAACACCGGGGCUUGCGCUGACGCUGCCCUUGAGGUCACGCAAAAGUAUGGCGUGGGAGUGGGCAGCACUCGCUGCGAAUUAGGGAACCUCGACAUCCACGAGGAGCUGGAGCAGUUGGUUGCCAGGUUCCUUGGGGUGGAGUCAGCUAUGACCUUCGGGAUGGGCUUUGCCACCAAUUCCAUGAACAUUCCUGCACUUACCGGCAAGGGGUGUCUCAUCCUAAGCGACGAGCUGAAUCAUGCGUCACUGGUACUGGGUGCCCGUCUUUCCGGCUCAACAAUUCGGGUCUUCAAACACAACAACAUGCAAAGCCUUGAGAAACUCCUGCGAGACGCCAUCGUACACGGACAGCCGAGGACACAUCGGCCCUGGAGAAAAAUUCUCAUUUUGGUGGAGGGCAUUUACAGUAUGGAGGGUUCCAUCGUGCGUCUGCCGGAGGUCAUCGCCCUGAAGAAGCGCUACAAGGCGUACGUGUACCUGGACGAGGCCCAUAGUAUCGGGGCCCUGGGGCCCAACGGCAAAGGUGUGGUGGACUACUUUGGCCUCGAUCCCACAGAUGUGGACGUCAUGAUGGGAACGUUCACAAAAAGCUUUGGCAGCGCCGGGGGUUACAUCGGAGGCAGAAAGGAGCUGAUCGAUUACCUGCGGCAACAUUCUCACAGCGCCCUGUACGCCACCUCCAUGCCGCCACCCUUGGCCCAGCAAAUCAUCACCUCAAUGAAAAUCAUCAUGGGAGAAGAUGGCACCACACUGGGUGCCGACCGACUCCGCCAGCUGUCAGAGAACACGACCUACUUCCGCAGGAAACUUAGCGAGAUGGGCGUCAUCAUCUAUGGCAACAACGACUCUCCCGUCAUACCCGUGAUGCUUUACAUGCCCGCCAAAAUCGGGGCCUUUGGCCGAGAGAUGUUAAAGCGGAACAUCGGCACGGUGGUCGUCGGCUUCCCGGCGACGCCCAUCAUCGAAUCCCGAGCGCGCUUCUGCAUUUCGGCCGCGCACACCAGGGAAAUGCUCGACACGGUAUUGGAGGCCAUGAACGAAGUGGGCGACCUGUUGCAGCUGAAGUACUCCAGACGUGAACGGGCUCCUCCUCCUCCUCCCAUCAGGUGGACUUCGGAGGAAAGCCAGCUUCAGGACUGAGCCACGCAAAUGUUUCUGCACGCCAAUCCAUCCCUAUAGAUAUGUUCGUAUGCGCGUGUGCGCACGUACGCACGCUCAUACGCCAAUCUCAUAAAGCUCUCUUGCGGCUUUUAAUGCACCACUUCUCUCAGUACACUCCAAACCUCAAUGGACUCACCAGAGCUAAGACAGCGGAAUCGAAAAUGUAUGUCAAUAUUUUCAAAUCCGUUAGCCUGCUCGCCAAAAGGAGAAGACCAACAUCAUAUUCUGUGUCCGUACGGAAACUUUAAAUUUGCGACCUUGUGCCUGCAUCGAGACGGGAGCUUUUAUCCCUUGAGCACAUUGAAUGUGUUUGGUGCUUGCGCAAUAGUCACCCCGAUGCAUUUGAAAAGUAUGCCAUGAGACAUUAUUUGUGCACUUAAAAAAAAAAAAAAAAAAAACCUAGAUGGUAGCAGAGAUGUGGUGUAUGUAAAUAAUUCUUCACAAAGUCGGUCUUGCUGCUCAGGUAGCAUUCCAAACUUCUCACAGAAGUGUGUUCUCCAUAUGGGUUCAACAUUUUAUCACGGGAAAGCACCCGCAAAAAAAAAAAAAACUUGGACCUCAACAGAGUGUAAAAUAUUAGCUUCUUUCCCUGACCAAAGCAAACACACACACACCUAUAUAUAGAUAAAUAUAUAUUUUCUAACUUUCUCUUCAAAUGUAAAAUCAUUAUUCCAAAAGAAAACAAUUAUCAAGGGGAAAAAAAAGAUCCCAGGAAGAAAAACGACAAAAUAUUUUUUACUGCUUCUUUUCUAGAGCUAUUUUGCAGCCUUAUUUACUGUUUACACCUGCUCCCAAAAACGUGAGUCCAUUGUUUCCUUAUCCACCGCCCCCCCCCCCACCCAGCCCCCUUCCCCUCGGUCACCCCCCUCUUUAUUGUGCGUUCCAUUUGUCACAUUGUACAUUUGAACUGUAUGUAUGAAGAUACUGCCCUCACACUUGUCUGAUAUACAGCUUUUAUUUAUUGAAAACAUUUGUCUUCUCGUCCCGCUGUCCGUUUUUACGUGAGAAAAUUGUCGCGGCAGCUUCACAUGCCUCCCCCACGGGUGUGCAUCUUUGAAAUAACUCUUUAACAUUUCUUCUUCAGUGCUCGCACUACUGACAGGCAUUGUGAAUGCACAGAUGAUGUAGUCACUGAAAUAUGCAGGAAUUCUGCUUCAUGUGCUCGAUGUGUUCAUUUUGGGAGCCCCCCCCCCCACCCUCCCCACCCCCCCUCCCCUCCUCAUGGCCCUUAACUGUGAUUGUUUUAAAGAAUGGCAUUCCAAUUCGAUCCGCCUUCGCCGCACUGUCUUUGUUACGUUGCACUGUAUGCAUGGGGGGGGGGGGGGGGCCCGUCCCCAGACGUUCUGCUUAGGGGCUUUUACACGGGCCGUUUUAUUGAAUUAUCGAUGGGAUUCCGAGUCUGAUUCUGGUCACAUUCAUCAUGCUGAUCUCACACCAGUCUAGGCCGGUUUUUGUAUCAUUUUUUUUUUGUUGUUGUCAAUUUUGUUUACUACACCUGGAGAACUUUUGUCUUGUAUGAUAUGUCAUAUCAUGGAUCUGGUGCAUUUUCACCAGUCGACACGUGCCGUUGGUGUGGCGGCUGCAGUUGUGAAACAGACGGCGCGUUACAAGUGAAAAAUGUCCCUGUUGGCGUGCCCGAGCGCUUGCAGCAUGUUCAAUGUUUAUGGAGGAAAAGGCUUUUGAAAACAGCAACGCGUCUGUUCCUCACAACCAGGUUUCCCCCUCAGUCAAAUAGAGAAAUGCAACCGGUUCCACCUCUUCAAUCGAUUUUUUUUUUUUUUUUUUUGGGCGGGGGGCAGCAACCACUCAUGUGAGCUAACCUAUUGAGAUGAAUGAGACGUUCCUUAUCUGUUACAUACUCCCCUGAAAUUGUAUGUGAUUUGAAUUUUAAACCAUUCUGUGCAGAGUGUAAAGCCAUGAUGUUUGUCAAUCAUGCCGUUCUAAACCGAUUAAAUCACUUCUUGAUAUAUCAA